AGAUAUGAUUCUGUAUACAAAUCAAUAAACUAACAUCAAUUUAAGUUUUGAUUCAAAAUUUAGUGCUUUGGUACCAUACCAUAAUCAAAAUUAAAAUUUCCCCUCAUGACUUCAGCUGUAUCACCAGGAUAAAUUUUGUAGGAGGACUUAGGAUUAUUGGAGCUUUCCCAUUGGUGACAGGGAAGGGUGAUUAACAUGACAGACUUCGGUGGUGGACAAAAUCGGUCCCAGGGUGAUGAUGGGGAUGCAAGAACAAAUCUCAUUGUUAACUACCUACCACAAAACAUGACUGAAAAGGAACUCUACAGUAUGUUUGUCACCAUUGGCCCUGUCGAAAGUUGUCGGGUUAUGAAAGAUUUCAAGACUGGCUACAGUUAUGGGUUUGGAUUUGUUAAUUAUUCGAAGGCUGAGGAUGCUGCCCAUGCAAUAUCUACAUUGAAUGGUCUUCAAGUACAAAACAAGCGCCUUAAAGUAUCAUUUGCCAGGCCAUCUGGGGAUGAUAUCAAGGAGACUAACCUUUAUGUAACAAACCUCCCAAAGAAUGUUUCUGAAGCUCAGUUAGAUGGAUUGUUUGGUAAAUUUGGUACGAUUGUCCAGAAGAAUCUACUUAAAGACAAAAUUACUGGUAUGCCCAGAGGAGUAGCAUUUGUCAGAUUUGAUAGACGUGAAGAAGCUAUGGAAGCUAUUCAGCACAUGAAUGGAGUUAUUCCAGAAGGAGGAACAGAGCCACUAUGUGUGAAAAUUGCUGAGGAACAUGGCAAACAGAAGGCUGCCUAUUAUGCUGGCUGGCAGGCAGGUUAUACCCAAAGCAGAGCCGCAGCGUGUAACUACGCCCUCCAAAAUUGGAUGAAGCGCCAAAACAGGAUGCAUGCUCACUCAUAGAAUUUCAAGCCCUUCUCAAUAAAUAAUAACUUCUAUUUAAAACGUAGUUUCUUUUAGAGUUGAGAUCUGGACACAAAUAAAACUGCUCUGUACAUAGAAUUUUCCUUAAACUUUUUUGUUUAGAAUUUAUUUUUUAUUUUUUUCUGUGUUUGUCACUUGUAUGAAAUUGCAUGUAUUGAAGUAAUUUCUGAAGAGCAAAAUACAGAACAUGACUCAAAUUUGUUGACUUAUUGAGCUGCUAUUUUACAUUUGUUCUGUGCCAUAAUAUUUGUGUAUGUAAUGUGUAUUAUUGAGGUUGGGGUAAGUAUUGACAUUUUAACACUACCACACAUUCUCAUCUUCCAAUUGCCAUAGUUGUUAUUGUGUUAAAGUGCAUCGAACUUUCAGCAAGUCUCGUAAAUUAAAGUCAAGUUUAUGUCCUGAGCCUACCCCAACAUAACUGUUAUUUUCUCCUCUGAAGAUACUUUAUUCUGUUAUCCUAAAUGAUAGUUGCGUAUCUACACUAUCUAUAUAAAACUUGAAUUUUUCCAGACAAUGUGUCUCAGGAAACGUAAGCCCUUUUUGCCACUUCUUGUUUGAUUCAAACAAGAAACUGGAGCUAUCUUUUUUUUCUUUAUUCAAAUAUUUGAAUAUAGAUUGCCCAGGCCAUUACGGUCAUAGGUUGUGGGUUGACAUCCCAACCUUUUUGUGGAUAAUUGGUUUGGAUGUUGUAACAUACUUCUAUGGACCUGAGACAAUCAGUUAAGCAAGAUAUGUACAACACAUUCCUUUAAAAUUUUGUGAUGCAUUUAUCAUAACAAUUAAGCUGUCUCCCAUUUAUUUAUUUAUUUGGUAAUCAACAUUGGUGGAUACUUACUGUCAAGCAUGAUUCUAGCUGUGUGCUGUUACAUGUUAUUGAAAUAUGUAUUUUUUUUGUUGUGUCUAGUUUGUUUAUGUUUUUGCACCCCGUGAGUAGUCAGAUCCUUCGCUUUUAAAUCUUAAAUAUGUAAGCCAAAAUUUUCAAAAAUACUUUUGUGGAGGUCGGCUCAUAAAAUUUUACUAUUAUUUGUGACUGAUUACAUGCCAGGAAAAUUACAUUUUCCUAGAAGCCUCUGACAUCUAUAAGUAGUUUGCAUUACUUAAUUCUCUGGAUUUUUGGUUAGUGAGUUUUUCACACAUGUAGAAAUUGCCAAGUGAAACUGCAUGUGUAUGCAUUUGUGAUGCAAAGCAAUAGCUUUGGUAUGUAGCUAUUUAUUUGUGGAUUAAAUUUCCAUUGCUUCA